AGUCACUUCGUACUCAGAUACAGAGGAUCUCAACUUACACCUGGUGAAGGUUCCUUUGUUUUCUUUCCUCCCUGUGGCUCCGUCGUUCUAGUGGAUUUUGCCUGCUGCAAAUAUGGCCACAUCCAGCAACUUCCUGUCUGACAGUCAGUUCCAAUGCUCCAUCUGUCUGGACCUCUUCACAGAGCCCGUCUCUACUCCAUGUGGACACACCUUCUGCAAGGACUGUCUGACCAGGUACCGGGCAGACAACAAGGAAUGUCAGUGUCCUCUGUGCAAAAAUAAGUUCAACAAGGACCUCAAACUAUCCGUCAACACCACAUUCAGGGAACUUGUGGAGAAUUUUAAGAAACACCACCAGAUGGCUGACGUUGCAUCCUCAGUAAAACCCUGGGAGGUAUCAUGUGACCUUUGUCCAGUGAGGAAGCGCAGGGCUGUAAAAACCUGCCUGGUGUGCUUAGCCUCGUUUUGUGAAACACAUUUAGAGCCUCACCUGAGAGUGGCUGCCUUGCAAAGACACGAACUGUCAAAUCCUGUUACCGACCUGGAGGAGAGAAUAUGUACGGAACACAACCGGCUUUGCGAGUUCUUCUGCCUGAAUGAUCACGUUUCUUUUUGUGCCCUGUGCACAGAACAUAUUCAUCACCACAGCGUCAACUUGAAUGAAACACGUGUGGAGCCACCUCACCUUUGGAGGAGGACAGGGACUGAACAGAAAAAUAACCAUGCACAGAAAGCAGGGGCAAAGGGCAAAAACAAGGGCAAAGGUAGAAGAGCAGAGAAUGGGAAGGCUGAUCAAGGGGAGCCCCCACAACAUUUUAAUGGAUGUGACUGUAUGUUUCAUAAUCCAGGCAUCCAUGGAGGAAAAGCUCUUUUUGAGUUUCAAGUCAACGGAAGGGACGGCUGUGAUUUAGCAGCAGUUAGAGAGUCCGCUUUAUUUGCCAUGCCAUUCCCACCAAAUUGGGACAACUGUUGCAUUGCAAGGUUUAGAAUUAGGAAAAACGCUUCUAAAAUAAUGGUGGUAGUAGAUUAUGAUAAUGGCCUCAUAAUCUUUCAUGAUCUAGACAAUGACAUCCUGGUUUGCAAACCUACAGGCAGUCGAUUCAAUGAGAAAAUCGUACUGUGCUUCAUCCCCAGCCAAUUUAGUCAUUUAAACUGGGUGAAGGGCUUAACAAGAGGAGUUCAGAAGAUACCACUUCAUGUACAGCAUGUCUUAUUGCUGCUUGGCGUGUUUUAUAUAAUUACAUGCAUUUGCAAGUUAUUUUUAUUUUAAGGCCAAAUUACACCGAAUUCCAAUGGGGAUUCCCUGAGACUGCAGAUAAACAAGCUAUAUCUUUUAUGUUUAUAAACACUUUAUAUAAUUUUAGGUUUGCAUUAGAUUUGCUUGUUUCAUUGUCAAAUAUUUCUGGUUAUUUUUUUAUACUUUUGUAUUACACUUUUGUGUAUU